AUGGGGUCAAAGUUUCAUGCUAUUCUUUACCCAUGGUUUGGUUUUGGUCAUAUGAUUCCGUAUCGUCAUCUAGCUAACAAAUUAGCUAAGAAAGGUCAUAGGGUUACUUUCUUGUCUCCCAAGAAAGCUCGAAAACAGCUCGAAGCUCUCAGUUUGUUCCCAGACAACAUUUACUUCUACCAUGUUACUCUUCCUCAAGUUGAUAGUCUACAUGUUGGCGCAGAGACAACCUCAGAUCUGCCAAACUCAUCUAAGAGAGUCCUCGCUGAUGCCAUGGAUCUUUUACGCGGACAGAUCGAAGCUGAGAUUCGUGCUUUGAAACCUGACCUAAUCUUCUUCGAUUUUGUUGACUGGAUUCCAGAAAUGGCGAAAGAACUAGGAAUCAAAAGUGUCAGUUACCAAAUCGUAUUCGCAGCUUUUGUAGCUAUGUUUCUUGCACCUGGUGCCGAAUUAGGUUCUCCUCCACCAGGUUAUCCUUCACCGAAAGUAGCAUUACGUGGACAUGACGCUAACGUCUAUUCAUUCUUCGCAAACACCCGCAAAUUUCUCUUUGAUCGAGUCACCACAGGUCUUAAGAAUUCUGACGUAGUCGCCAUAAGGACAUGCGCAGAGAUCGAAGGUACAUUUUGUGAUUUCAUCGAAAGAGAAUGUCAGAGAAAAGUUCUCUUAACCGGUCCGAUGUUACCUCAGCCACAAGGCAAGAAUGAUCAAUUUCAAGAACUCUGUUUAGGAUUGGAGCUCACAGGUCUACCGUUUUUGGUAGCAGUUAUGCCGCCUAGAGGCUCGUCAACCAUUCAAGAAGCAUUACCAGAAGGGUUCCAAGAAGCACUAUUUUUUUGCAUCGGUUUAGUCUAUGUUUAA